AUGAUAUCCCAACCAACACAACCAGGUCUCUCCAGGACAGCCACUUCAUCCACCAUGUCAACAAUGUACUCGUCUGCGUCCAAUGCAUUCUCCACCCCGUCCACGGGCAGCUCAGCGACAACCGUGGCCGCGUCAAACCGCACCUCGCCCAAGCUUACGCCCCCAACUCGCUAUACAUCGCGCAAGGGCAGUGCUUCAAGCUCGGGCUCAUCGCCUUCCGUCGACGACGACCUCGACAAGUGGGGCUACAUGUACUCGCUGCGUGUCGCUGCGCUCCACGAACGGCUCUGUGCACCAUCGCCCAUGCAGAUGACAUCUCCCCCGCCCCCAUCCAACCCACGUUUGAGCCACAACCCACCGAACCCCCGGCUCAGCACCACCUCCACCAUGUCUCGCUUCACCGUGGCCACCAUGCGAUCUCCCGAGAUCCCAAGCCCCGAAGACGGGACCGUCCCGACCAUCAAGCGCAAAAAGUCGGCUCUGAGCAUUCGCCUCGGCAAGGACGACCUCAAGCUGCCCAAGGAGUUUGUGGUCGAGUUCUGGGACCGCCUUUCACAAGAGCCCGGAGACUCGGGAUGGAUGCAGGCCGUGCGUGGGUUCCUUGUGCUCGUGCAGAAGCGCGGGACCAAGACAGCCGCGGGUGCCAACAUGAGAGAUAUCCACACUCUCCUGGACACGUUCACGACAUGCCUGCCUCCGCCGGGUCCCAACUGCGAGUCUGUCAAGGAGCACCAGGCGCACCUGCUCGCCACCCUCUACCAUGCCCUCCCCAACGCAGACUACUUUGUGAACUCCAAGACAGACAAGGGUGACCUGCUCUUCCGCCUCCGAGCCGAAAUCCAGACUAUCUCGCAGUCGUCGCCCACGCAAUCGUCCCCAAAGGCAGCCGAAUUCUCACCAGUGCUCAUGGCAAACGCCAUGGCUGCCAAAGCUGCCAAUGGCGGCGGCGCCAACGGACCCAGCAGUAUCGGACUAGGACGCGUUGCGCCACCAUCAGCCAGUGAGCCGCGGAUAGAUUCGGUCAGGCGCAAGCCAAGCCCAGCGUGGACUGGCGACGGCAACCUCAGCGCCACAGGUACCGCUGCGUCUGCGUUUGGACCCACUGUGGAGGCAGUCUGCCUCGUGUGGAAUGUGUCUCAUGAGACCGUGGAGCGCGAUUUGGCAGACACCAAGCGAUACGGAGCGUUGGAAAAACUCUACCUCAAUGACAUCAAGACCAACCUCACCGCGGUGGCACGAGCCAAUGACCCGUCCAUGCGUGCCAAGCAGGCGGCGCUCUCAAACUCUCUUGCCAGCCUCCUCGCCAGCUAUCCCGAGUUGACACGACCGAGCUCGCCAACCUCAUUCGCUCAAGCUUCGGAAACCGACUCUGCUGCCACGUUCUUCACGCCGCCUCGAAAGGGUGCCGUGUUUGUUCGGCUCAACCAGCGCGCAGCCGAGGGUGGCCACACUCGAGCCGCGUCCAUCCUCCUGGAACGCUGCCAGCAGCUCUGGGACGUCGAGAGCCGCGUCGAAAAGGAGCGUCAAGUCUCAGCCCUUGUUCGUCGGUGGGACGAGAGCCUCGGUACCCCCAACGAGGUCGCCUACGGCCACCGCCUCGCUGAUGCCGUGGCUGACUUUGCGGCCCUGCUCUCGCCGUCAGAGCCGAUCCCCCAGGUUCUCGAGGACCUGCGCGAGCGCCUCGUGGCGCGCCUGUCUUCUGCGGCCAGGUCCAUCUUCCCGACCACGAGCCUGCCGCCGCCCGCGCCACCCCCAUCGAUCAUGCACAUCAUGAACGCCGCCCCGAGCAUGUUAAUCAACUCGCCCGUUGUCGUCAAGGCCCUCGAUGAUGUCGGUGACGAAAUCCGUGGCGCGGCUGUUGGCGAGUACGUCAUGGCGGCCAGCGACAUGAUGGGCGGCGUGCACUCGUACCAGGUGGGCGUCACGACCGGCAGCAGCGGCAAAGACGCCGUGGUCGAGGGCUUUGAAAAGGUGGCCUCGUGGAUCGAGAGCGAAGUGUCCAACGUCAUCAAGGUCUGGGGCACCGGCCUCGGCCCGACGCUCAACCCGGCUGCCAUUGUCAUCCAGAAGCAGCUGCCUCUGUUCCUUGCCGAGGUCCAGGUGCUCGAGACGGCCAACGGUGCUGGCGCAGACGUCUUCACCCUCUACGAGACCACCGCGCGUCUCCUUGCCCUUUGGGAACGGCUGUGCCCGGGCGUCGACCACGGUUUCGACAUUGACACGUUCUUUGAACCGCACGUCGUUGCGUGGCUCCGCGAGACCGAGGUCAACGACACCCACCAGUGGGUCGCGAGGACCGUGGGCAUGGACUCUUGGGUCCCCGAAGGCGGCGUGGGCCGUCACUCGCAGUCCGUCACCGACCUCUUUGAGUUUAUCCGCAACUCGACACAGGUUGUGCGCGACCUCCCACUCGGCGAGUACAAGCGCGCCGUGUACCUCAGUGACCUGUCCAAGACGGCUUCCAUCGCGGUCACCCAGUACGCCGCGUCGCUGCAGAUGCUGUUCGAGAAUGACAUUGCGCCUCCCAAGCCUGCCGCACAGGCUCAGCAGAUCUCCAUGCCGUCUCUGUCCAUGGGCGGCAAGGCCGGUGCGUGGCUCGCCAAGGGACGCCAUGCCGUGGCCAAAGUCGAGCAGCGCAUCGUCGAGAAGAAGGUCGAGGGCUUUGUCGUCCCGGCCGCAGCCUGCGUCAAGAUGACCGACCUCAAUGCGGCGCAAGAAUACCUCGAGGAGCUCGGAUACCAGAUGGAAGCAGAGGAGACGGAGCGUAUCAUUCGCCAAAAGGGGCCAGGCGGCGCCAACGACCGCGCCGCUCGCCACGUCUUUGCCGUCACGGUCCUCCGUGGCCAGAACCUCCUCACAGGCUCGGCCAAGCCCGCCGACGCGUUUGUCACUGUCGUCGACAAGGAGUCUUCCGAGCGUCUCUUCAAGUCGCGUACGGUGCUCGAGACCGAGGACCCCAAGUGGGAGCAGACGUUUGAGGUGUCGGUCGGCAUGACCAAGACCCUGGAGCUCAUGGCAUACGAUCGCCAACUUGUUGGCAAGCACGGCUUGAUUGGCAGCCGCACCUUCCACCUGGACCCUCAGCUCUUCGCCAGCUUGCCCAUCCGCGACGUUGUCCUUCCCCUCUCGCCGCGCGGCGUUGUGCACAUUCGCAUCGCGACCGUCGGCGGUGAACGCAACGACGUCACGUACCACCUCACCAAGGCGUCACGCGUUCUGGACCGGGCGGUCGUUGACAUGACGCGCGACCUGGUCGAGCGCAUGGUCGAGUUUAUCCGCAGCUACCUGUCGCCCACGACCUUGUCCAACCUCACCAAGCCCCUGCGCGACAAGAAGAAGGGCCGGGUGGCCCUCACCGAGGUCGAGAUUGACAACUCGCUCGCGCCCGUGUUUGACUUUUUGGACGAAAACUUUGCCGUCUUCAACCAGACGUUUACCGUGGAGAUGCGCAAGGCUGUCAUGCUCGACAUUUGGCGUCGUGUCGUCGACUCGAUGAUCUCCCUCCUCAUCCCGCCACUGUCGGACAAGCCGGCCCCCGGCAACCUGUUGACGCCGCCCGAGGUCGACGUCGUGUUCAAGUGGCUGCAGCAGCUCAAGGGCUUCUUCAACGCCGAGGACGGCGGUAUCGAGCACGGCGUCCCCAUGGUCGAGCUCCAGGCAGGCGGAUACAAGGAUAUUAUUAUGAUCGGGCAGUACAUCGACCUGCCGACCGCCGCGCUCAAGGACCGCGUCUCGUUGGCCGUUCGGGCCGCGUCCUCGGUCGUGAGCGUCGGGUCCGGUCCCAGGUCCCCCGCGGCGGCUCGUUCGCCCGCCUCCCCCUCCACGCGCUUUGCGACGCUGCAGACGUCGACGCGCAGUCGCGUCGACGAGGACAAUGAGCGCAUGGCAGAGGCCCUCCUGCGCAUCAUGCGCAUGCGCCCCGACUCGCAAGAGUUCCUCCAGUUCCAGCUCGCCAGCCUCAUCCGCGGUAAAGUCGACCGCCAGGGAAGUGUACUGUAG